CGCUCUGGCCGCUGCCACAUUGUGUGUGUACGGAAAGGAAAAUGAUGGAGUUCGGGAAAUCGUCGGAUCACUCCCAGCACAGCGCCUCGGAGGCGUCGGCGGACUCCGGCAGCCUGAGCCUGGCAAACAGCGACCUGGCCGUGACGCCCACCAAAAGGGAGCGCCGCAAGUCGCCGGCCACCAGUUCGGACAAUACCAGCACCAGCGUCCAGCCGCCCAUGUCGCCGAGUUCCUCGGUGGCCGACACCACCUUUGAGCCCACCAUCGACAUGAUGGUCAACGACUUUGACGACGAGGCCACGCUGAACGAAGAGGAGGCGCUGGCGGAUAUGGAGGCGCACAGCGCCGAGGACGAGAUAGCCACGCUGCGGGAGGAGAGCGAGAUGCCCAUCGAGGAGCUGCUGGCCAAAUAUGGCGGAUCGGCUGCUUCGCCGGCGGUCAGCAGCUCCAAUCGCUCCGGCAGCAGUUCCCGGCGGGCGCGUCGGGCCACCAAGCGCCAGUACCAGGAACUGGACACGGAGAUGGCCCACACAUCCACCUCCACCUCGAGCAGCGCCUCGCAACUAGAGAAACACGACAGCUUGGAGCAGGAGCAGGAACAGAAGGAAUUUCCGGACAAGCUGACAUCUCCGCUAGAAACAGGAGAAGCUUCAUCCAUGGACACAGAGGAAGCACCACCGUCUGAGGGCUCCAAGAAGCAGCAUCGCUCCCACUUGCUGGACCUGUACCCCGAUGAAUCCUUCGCCGAUUUGGCGCCCACCGGCGUCGAGGAAACCGAAAGAUUCACUCCACUGCAAACGCUGUUCGAUGAAGUGGAGGCCGAGGAGGAGGAGGAAAGCGAAUCCGAGAUGGACGAUGCCCGCAAGAUCAUCAUGGUGGGCCACGACUAUCAGGCGGAGAUUCCCGAGGGACUCUCGCAAUAUGGCGACAUAUUGCCCUACGAGAACGAGGAUCAGUUGAUCUGGGAGCCCAGCCAAGUCAGCGAACGCGAGGUGGAGGAAUAUCUGGCCAAGAUCCAGGAGACGCGGUCAAUAGUUCCGCCAGAAGGUGGUGCAGAAGCGGCGGUCGGUGAAGAAGCUGCUCCUGAAGCACCUGCUCCUGCUCCCACUCCGGCCACGCCGCCAAAGGCCCCGUCAGGCGAUCAGGAUCUAGUAGUGAAGGACAACGAACAGGCGCUCCAUCUGCUCGUCCAGUGCGGCUACGAUUUCAAGGAGGCUUUGCGCCGCAAGCGCAUGAACGUCCUGCCCCUCAGCGACACCAUGAGCAGCUGGUCCGAGGACGAGUGCCUCAAGUUCGAGGAGGGCAUCCAGCGAUUCGGCAAGGACUUCUAUCAGAUACGCCAGAACCAGGUAAAGGACCGUCUCUCGCCAGCCGAUCGCCCCUAG